AUGGGUAGCAUCUCAGGAGAUGCGCUAGUGACAGGCGUGGAUACCAUCCCUGGUACAUUUCGCUGUCACCGUGGAAGGCUGGAGCAGUUUCUUCGGGAAGAUCAAGACAUCAGAUGGGAGCAUACCAUCAAAGACAUCGAGACAACCCCACAAAAAGUUAUCGUACGGAUACAGAACGAGCAGGCCAUCGAAAGCGACGUCCUGAUCGGCACCGAUGGCGUCCAUUCUCAAGUCCGCAAAUCUUUGGCUCCGGGUAUACAGCUCAAAGUCUUACCUUUUGUCGUAUUUAAUGGCAAGAGAAAGAUGUCGCUUGACAGCUUCCAGAAUACAAUGGCACCGCAGAUGCAAGGCUUGAGCAUUAUCCAGUGUCGCCAAGAAGACGUGGUUUUUCAGAUCGCCGCGAAUCAAUACACUGCAACGUAUGUCGAUGUAGACUACACGUACUCGCGCCCUGCACGCCAGAAUGAUCCCUUACAUAGACCGGAUAGGCCGAUCCCCGGAGCAACAGACAUUCCUGAAGAGUUCUACGCAGAGUUGCAGGAGCUAAAGGACCUGGGGCAAGCCUACAAAGAGAUGUUCGAUGUUACCAAGGUCAGGCAGGAUAGGAUACUACAUUUUUUGAUGCGCAGUACAUUGGGCACGGAGCAAGAGAUCAAGGACCUUACAGAUCAGGGUGUACUGUUGGUGGGUGAUGCCGUCCACGCUAUGCCAUUGCUUGGUGGAGAGGGUGGCAAUAAUGCUAUAAAGGAUGGCGUUGAUCUGGCCGAGCAUAUAGCUGCUCACGGACCACAAGGUAUUAAGACGUUCUCCAGUGCCAGGUACGACAGUUGGAGGAAAGGGGUCGAAGGAAGCGAACGGAGACUGGCGGAGAUGCACACGCCCGUAAAAGCAUCAUUGUAA